AUGGGCACCGACACAGCGCACGCGUCGGGUAUCCAUAGUCUCCCAGUUGAACUACUGGCGGACAUCGCCAGGUUUACCGAGUCUCCUGAUCUAUGCGCUCUUCGACUCACCUGCCGAGCGAUGUACCAGAGCAGCCUUCGCCAUUUUGCACAAACUUUUGUGCACACAUUAAAGACCGAUCUUUCACCAAAGUCACUUGCCCGGGUCGAGGAAGCAGUCAAUGAUGAAAUAUUUGCCCCCUGUGUCCGCAAGUUAGACAUCGUCAGGGAUUCAAAAGGUUGUCUGGGACCAUUGUCCCCCGAUACCACAUCAAAAGGAACAUAUAUUCAGGCAUGGCGGGAUGUGAUGAAACGCCUGGUGAACUGCCGAUCUUUCCAGCUGCGCAAUUCAGCCCAUACAACACCCUAUCUCGGCGACGAUGCCAUCACACUUGACGAGGCCACCGGUUUUGUUCUCGAAGCCAUAGCUACCGAAGACAUUCCGAUGGAAUCAUUCUCGGUCGACAUUAUGAAAUUCAGAAGCAGAGCCCACGAGGACAACCUAACGCAAUAUAAUAUCACCGCUUUUGGGAUCCCGGCCUUUACCCACCUCAAGGAACUGAGCCUUGCGAUCCCGGAUACCAAGGCUGAGAAUAUUGAUUGGAUGGCGAAAAUGAUCCAAUGUGCCAAAUCGCUCCGAAAGCUGACGAUCCUUUUUACUUGGAGAUGCGAAUCCACCUCACUUCUCUCUCAGCUUUCGUUUGUUGGAUGCUUGCCGGAACUUGAAGAAUUGACCUUCUCGCGGAUGUCAUUCGCAUCUUCGGCUGCUUUGGGGAUCUUCCUUUACAGUAUUCGGAAUUCUCUGCGCCGUGUUACUUUUCAUUUUGUGCAACUGGAGUUUGGAGGCUGGCGGUCCAUUCUCCGCGAGUUGGGUGGAGGUGUGUACCAACUUGACAGUGUGACUUUGCAUGGUGUACUUGAAGUGAAUAAGUUUCUGAGCUUUCGGAGGACUCCGGAAUACCAACUCAUGGAAAAAUCCCCAGACAAGAGACUAUAUCGUCCGUGGCAAUUGUGCGUUGCUUGUAGGGAGGAUUUGAGCUUCACCUACUCGGGUCCGACUUUACAACAUGUUUUACAGAAAGUGGCUGCCCUUGCAGAGCUAACCUAG